AAUGCAAGGCACUUAAAAGAAUAGAGAGGAUAAUAAUUCAUCUAGAAGUAGAAGUGAAUCUCCUUUAAGUCAGGAAGAAUAAGAAAGAAGAAAGAAAUUACCAGUUUAUGAAAGAACAUUAGAAGAAAAGAUAAUGAGUAAAAAAAUCAAAGCUGUUGAAAAGGAUAGAUUAAUUAAAGUGUUUAAUGCACUAAUUCAAUUAGAGCCUAAAAGAAUUGAAUAAGAAAUGGAUGGGAAUAAGACUACAGAUGGUGAUACUAAACUUGGAAAAUAAAAAAGAAAGAAAUCCAAUGAACCAAAAUUUUCAGCUAAAGCUAUUUAUGCAAUGAUGAAAAAGUUAAAAUAUACUCCUGUUGGUGAUGAAGUAGAAAGAAUGAUAUGGGAAAUAGAUGAAGAUUUGGAUGAAUAAAUUAGUUGGUAUGAAUUUCAAUUAAUGUUCAAAAGAUGCAUUAAAGAUACUUCUUAUCUAGAACCAAGGUAUAUUAUUAAUUAAAUUAAAGAGGUUUAUUUAACUUUGUACAAUUUUUAAUGUAUGCUUAUGACAAAGAAGCUAUAAAAAAUACUAUAACUGUCGAAGACACUUUGGAAUUAUUAUAUGUGAGAUGUGGUAGAUAAAAUCUAGAUGGAGAAAUAUUCAAAAUAUUUGGUUAAGAUGAAAAGACAGCUGAUGGAUAAGAAAAAGAAAUUACAUAUUCUGAUUAUUUAGUUUAGAUGAAAAAAAAAGACUUUAACAAUUGGACUGAAUUAGAAAAUAAGAAAAAGAAAUAUGAUCCUUCUAAAGAAUAAAUCCUUAAUAAAAAAGAUUGA